GCGCAGCCCAAUCUGCACAGCAUUCCGUUUCACUUAUUUCUUCCUCCUUUGCAGCUAUGCGGCGAUCGCAGGUGGAUGACGCGCGGAGGCAGCAGGCAGCCGCGGAGCGACGUUUUCGCGGGCGUCGCAUCCGCGGCGGCCUCGACGAGCUGGGCGACCUCGACGCCCCGCAGCAGCAGAAAGAGCGCAAAGAGAUCGCGAUGGCUGCCUCCGCUUCUUUUCCCACUGACACGCAGAACAACGCCAAGGGUGCUGCGUCGACUACCAUGGCAGCAGCAACGGCACUGGCGGGGUCCCCGUUGCUGAGCAGCAGCACGGAGGUCUUCCGCACCGUCUUCGGCACCGACUGGUCGGAGUGGGUCGAGGUGAAGCGUGUUCUCUUCGAUAUGGAGGCCACCGUCGCCGCAAAGCGCACGGCGCUGGACACGGUGCAGCUGUGGCACCUCCGAGCCCGAAAGGAACGCGUCUUGCCGCCCUACGUGGAGGCGACGUCGGUGCUGCUUGAUGCGAUGCUGCAAGACGAGUCGGAUGCGCUCACCGACGGACCGCAGCGCAUGUGCUACGGGGCGGCCAUCUCACGCGUCGUGCACGUCAUGACGGGCUCCUUUGCGAGCGGACAAGCCGACACGUACCGCAAGCGUGCGCGCGAGAUUGGGUUUCCGGAAGAGGCGGUCGAGGUGCGUCAGCGCGUCGCGCAUGGGGUGUUGCCGCUCACGUCGGAGCUGCGAUGGGUCUGCGGGUUGGUGCUGCAGUUUUUGUUUACCGAGUACUGGCUGGAACAGGAACGCCAACUGUACUUGAUGGAGCAGGCGGGGGAGAAGCCGGUUGAGUCCCACGCCAGCGAGAAGCAAGUGGCUGCUGCUGUGAAGAAGCAGAAGGGUCGGAAAGCGGAGAAGUCUGCUGCUGGUGCUGCAGGGGCUGUUGCCCAUCCCUCUGUUCCACCUCCAGCUGUGUCGAUGGACGAUAUAAAAGCCCUACUCGCGGACCUGGAGGAGGACAAGGCGGAUCCCUGCACGACGAAGGUUGCAACGGAUAAGGUAAGCGUGUCACCAGAGGAUGCGAGGAUAGUCGAGAAACAGAGCGGCCGCGUGACAGCUGCAGCGUCAAAGGACACCGAGGGAAACACGGUGAGCUUAAAUGGUUGGUUGCUCUCGUAG